CGUCUCUCUCACACUCUCUCUCGGCUUUAUCUCCUCUUCUCCUCAGAUUUUUUCUUUUUCAAAAACCUUCGUUUACUCCGCUUCUAUGGAAGAAGCUUGAAAUCGUUCACUUCUUCUUCCCUUGAGCUAUUUUAUUAUUAUUAUUAUUAUUAUUGUGAGAAGCAGGCAACAUGGCCCUCGGUGGCUUGAUUUCAAAUCGGAACUUCGGUUCCUUCAUCGGCUCAGGGAAUGGUUGUCAGAGACUAGGCAAAAGUUGUGCAGAGGUUUCCAACAGAGUUGUGCUUUUUCCUAAUGCAUUGUCCCGCAAUCAUCAGCCCUGGAAGAUUUUAUCUUUUCAAGCUAGUUCUAAGCCUGAAUUGGGACACAUGACAAGUUUUGGAUGUUUCCUUCAACCAAGAAUGGACCGUAGAGUUAGGUUUAGGAGCAGUAUCAAUGAAUGGGGAAAUAGCAGGAUCAACACAUCUCGUGCUUACUACAAAUCAGAGGACUCUGAUAUUACAGAUGGAGUUGUUGACUCCCUCCCAUCAGCUGAUGGCUCAGCUGAAGCUAUUCUAGUUGAUGGAAAUCUCCACAACACAUCUCCAUGGUGGCAGCAGUUUCCUAGACGCUGGGUCAUUGUCUUGUUAUGCUUUGCGUCAUUUCUUCUAUGCAAUAUGGACCGUGUGAACAUGAGCAUUGCAAUUCUUCCCAUGUCACAAGAAUAUAAUUGGAGCAGUGCAACUGUUGGCUUAAUUCAGUCCUCUUUCUUCUGGGGCUAUUUACUUACUCAGAUUCUGGGAGGUAUAUGGGCAGAUAAGUUUGGUGGGAAGGUGGUUUUAGGUUUUGGUGUUGUGUGGUGGUCCUUUGCCACAAUUAUGACACCUAUUGCUGCGAGACUUGGUCUCCCUUUUUUGCUUGUCGUGCGGGCGUUCAUGGGCAUUGGCGAGGGUGUUGCUAUGCCUGCUAUGAACAACAUGCUUUCUAAAUGGAUCCCUGUAUCAGAGAGAAGCAGAUCGCUUGCACUAGUCUAUAGUGGCAUGUAUCUCGGUUCUGUUACAGGAUUGGCAUUCUCUCCUAUGCUAAUCCACAAGUUCGGAUGGCCAUCUGUUUUCUAUUCGUUUGGCUCCCUUGGAAGUAUAUGGUUUAUGCUAUGGCUAAGAUAUGCAUAUAGCUCUCCCAAGGAUGACCCGGACCUAAGUGCAGAAGAAAAGAAGGUCAUACUCGGAGGUAGCAAACCAAGGGAACCUGUUACAGUUAUUCCAUGGAAGCUAAUACUGUCUAAACCCCCUGUCUGGGCUCUCAUAAUUUCCCACUUCUGCCAUAAUUGGGGAACUUUCAUACUAUUGACAUGGAUGCCCACAUAUUACAAUCAGGUCUUGAAGUUCAACCUCACUGAAUCAGGGCUCCUGUGUGUCUUACCAUGGCUAACCAUGGCUAUUUUCGCUAAUAUUGGAGGUUGGAUUGCUGAUACUCUAGUGAGCAGAGGUCUUUCAAUUACAAACGUUCGAAAGAUUAUGCAAUCAAUUGGUUUUCUGGGUCCUGCCUUCUUCCUGAGUCAGCUGAGCCAUGUCAAAACUCCAGCAAUGGCGGUUCUCUGCAUGGCAUGCAGUCAGGGCUCUGAUGCAUUCUCUCAGUCGGGUCUCUACUCUAAUCAUCAAGACAUUGGCCCACGAUACGCUGGUGUACUCUUAGGACUUUCAAACACAGCAGGUGUCUUAGCUGGUGUCUUUGGCACUGCAGCCACUGGUUACAUUCUCCAACGAGGUUCAUGGGAUGAUGUGUUCAAAGUAGCAGUUGCACUGUAUCUAAUUGGAACUCUGGUCUGGAACCUGUUCUCAACCGGAGAGAAAAUUCUGGACUAGACCUGACCUCGAACCAAGUUACCAAAUAGCUGCAGUGAAGUUGUGUGAGCAAAGCUUUUAUAUAUUUUUUUCUUUCACUGCUAUACAUUUGAUCUGAUAGUGAGGUCAAAUAUGUGAAAAUGGUUCGCUGGUCUGUUUCAUAAAGGAACAAAGUUUUUUUUCUUUCUGAAGUUUAUUUUUGGGACUCUUUUAAA